AUGUCUGCCGCUCGCAACCUCAGCCCGCUGCUUCGGUUCGCCUCGGCGGCUCUCCUCGAGGCUCCCCCGAAGCAGAUCGCGCUCUCCGGCCCGGCGGGGUUCCUGGGCAGCCGCGUCCUCCAGUCCGUCCUCGACGCGCACGAGCACCGACGCGACCACGGCCUGGAGCCCGGCGAAGUCAUCCUCCUGUCCUCGUCUCCCGGGCACCUCAUGAGCCGGCUCUACUCUCGUUACGGCUCCAAGCGCAUGUCCACCGUGCGCGCCACCAGAUGCGACUACUACUACCAGCACGACUUCGACAGCUGGAGGGACCAGCUGGGUUCGCUGGGAAUGGGAGGGCCGGACGCGGUGUUCAUCAACCUCGCCGCGCUCGCGGGCCCGAGGUCGGAUCGACCGGAUGCGAUGAUGGCGGUCAACUACCGGGCGCCCAUCGCCGCCGCGCGCGCGUGCGAGGCGCUCGGGUUCGGGCACUGGGUGCAAUCCUCGACGCAGGCGGUCAAGGCGGAGCGCGCGGGGCAGGUGCCGUACUCCCGGUGGAAGGCGAUGGCCGAUUACGCGCUGGCUAGGAUCGAUCGGCUGCCGGCGACGGUGUUCACGCUGGGCUUACUGUACAGCAAGGAGCAGGGGAUGGUGAGCCAGCGCGGGGAUAACAUCAACAUGGUGGACCUCGCGCUCCUACCGAUAACGCCCAUAAUGGGCAACGGCCGCGCGCCGUUGCAGCCGCUCGAGGUUGAGGACGCGGCGAGCCGGAUAGCGUACGUCAGCUUAACGGAACCCACUCGGCGGCCGGUCCAGGUCUCCGAGUCGAGCGGGUACGACUGGGCUCGGCCGAAGAUCGACAGCGUGCGGCAGUACACGUGGAGGGCGUACGACGCCGUGGGACCGGAGACGAUGACCAUGCUGGAGCUCAUGGAGAUGUUCGCCAAGCUGAACGGGCGGACGCUGAACCCGGUCUUUGUCGACUACAGAAACUUUGAGACGGUGCUCAACGAGGCGUCGCUGGGUAACCUCAACAGGCAGUUCGUGUCCUUGCUGCGGUCGGAGCAGGACGCGGAGCGGCCGAUCGUGGGUGUUCCGGAUACCUUCCAGGCGCUUCUCGGCCCCGAAGCCACCUUGUUUCGCAUGCACGACGGGCUCGCCGCGACGGAUAAGUUUGGCAAUCCAAUCUCCGUCAAGCGCCGGUCGUUUCCAGUCGUCGCGACGGUCAAGUGGGUGUGGCAAAACUACAAGGUGAUCAUCCCCGGGACAAACCUGGUGCUCGAGACCGUGGGCACGUACCUAUUCGGCAAGAGGUUCGCGAUCGACGAGAACUGGCGGUGGAUACGCAUAGGCGCCAUGACCACCCUCCUGUCCGGGCUCGCCGUGGGUGGCGCGCAGGCGGGUGCAGAGUUUUCCAAGUGGUACGCCGAAGUCGCCGGGGGCGGGGGUUUCCCUCCGCUGCCCGGCGUGGGGUUCUAG